AACACAAAAUUGGUGGUAUCCAGCUUGCAACAUAUGCAAAAAGUCAUGCUUACCAGAAGGUUCAUCUUACAGGUGUCCAAAAUGCAACAUAUUGGACAUGUACACAUACAAAUACAAGCUGCCAUUUUUUGCUUCCGAUGGAACUGAAGAAUCAGAGAUGAUUGCCUUCGCUGCUGUUGCUCAAUCCAUAGUUGGCAAACCAGUUGAAACUAUGAUGAGAUCAAUAAGAAAUAGAGACAACAUUCCUCCUGAUAUUGCUGCCAUUGUAUCCUCAAAAUUCACCUUCUCUGUCGCAAUGGCAGAAUCUAGCUUCAGUAAACCAAAGAAAUCCUACCAAAUCAACAGUAUAUUGCACAAUUAUGGGAAACAACGUGCUCUACCAUUCCACGGUCCAAAUCAAGCUCAACUGUCAAAUGAACAUAACCAGUUAUCUGCCCAGCCUAGUGCAAGUACUUCUCCAUCAUACAUUCCUCCUGGUAGUUCUCAAAAUCCUUUCCAUGAAACUCCAACCAAAAUACUACCACUAGACCAGAUCCUCCUGCAAACUCCACCAAAAAACAUAGAGAUUCCUAAAAACAACAAAGGAGAUGACAGUAUCAUUGAUCCUACACCAUCAAUUGAAGCAAAGUCAGCAAAGAAAAGACUGCACAUUUCAGAAAGAGAUGAAGAAAAGAAUGGAGAAGAACCAUAUUCUGAAACAACUCCUGACCAAGAGAUAGCUCAACAAACAAAUCUUAACAGGCAAAGCAACGUGCAGCGAACAGCGGCAUCACCUGCAGAAAAGAUCAGUUCCUCUAGAAGCUCAAAGAGCCCUAAGAAAUGACAAGAUCAGCAUUUAGUCAGCUUUCCCGGCCUUACCACCGGACACUACCCAGCAACCAAAACUCGACGAAGCAGUGGCAGCGCCAGAACUUUGAUCUUGCCAAUCAAAAUUAGAAAAUAGAGUACUUAUAUAUAAACUAAUGUUUGUCAAACCAUCAGUGUGGUAGUCGUAUAUCGUAUACCUAACUAUUUGCAGAACUGAACACAUUGCAUACACUAGCUGUAAUGAGACAUAAUACUUUUAUGUGUA